AUGACGGAAACAAACACAACUAAUGAUGAUACAACACAAGAACAGAAAGAUGGAACAUCACAUCGUGGAUUCAGUCAAAAAGUUCGAGGAAUUUUAUUGGAAUCACAGUCAACUACAUCCGAUAAAUUACCUAAUAUGCCAAAUAAAAGUUUAAAAAAAAAUGUUCAAACAACUACCGCACCACAUCGUGGUUUUAAUGAAAAGGCACGCGAGAUGUUACUAGAUCGCAAAAAUCCAGGAACAGCUUCAUCUAAAGUUAAAGGAAGCGAAAAAAUACGACAUCUUCUUUAA